UGCGACCGUCUCUAAUAUGCAGGCCGCGAAAGAACUUCAAUAACAGUCUGUUUUUGGUCUUUCCGUGGUGUAAUUGCCUUGAAGUCGUGCGGAUAACGCGAAAACCAAGUGGAAGCGACGAGUUGACGAAACGGCGGCCAACAAUUCUAGUCACGCGUGUCGCGAAGCCAAGCGGUAAACAAAAAGCACGCCCCACACCGCAGUGCACCCCCCGCCCUCCACCCCCGCGCAAUCAAAACAACAAAAGCACACACGCAAGGCCACAGCGGAGCAGCAGCAACAACAACAACAAUGGAAGAACUGAACAGCAUAUUACAGAAGACCAAAGAUAAAUCAACGCAAAAGGAGCAGGAUGAGAUUCUGCUGCAGCCCUUCACAUACAUACAACAGAUUCCUGGCAAACAAUUCCGCUCCGAGUUGGCCUUGGCCUUCAAUCACUGGUUGCUCAUACCGGGCGAAAAGUUGGCGCAGAUCGGAGACAUUGUGCAGAUGCUGCACAAUUCCAGUUUACUCAUUGAUGAUAUUGAAGACAAUUCGAUCCUUCGCAGAGGUGUGCCCGUGGCGCAUUCCAUUUACGGCGUGGCCAGCACCAUAAAUGCGGCCAACUACGCACUGUUCCUGGCGCUGGAGAAGGUGCAGCAGCUGGAUCACCCGGAGGCCACCAAGGUGUACACCGAACAGUUGCUGGAGCUGCACCGCGGACAGGGCAUGGAGAUCUAUUGGCGCGACAGCUUCACGUGUCCCUCGGAGUCGGAUUACAAGCUGAUGACUGUGCGCAAGACUGGCGGCCUCUUCAUGCUGGCCAUUCGCCUGAUGCAGCUGUUCAGCACCAACAAGGAGGACUAUUCAAAGUUGACGGCUAUAUUGGGCCUGUACUUUCAGAUACGCGACGAUUACUGCAAUCUGAGUCUGAAAGAGUACACGGAGAACAAGAGCUUCGCCGAGGACUUAACGGAGGGCAAGUUCGGCUUCCCAGUAAUCCAUGCGGUUCGCACCCAGAAGCAGGAUAAACAGGUUUUACACAUAUUACGCCAGCGCACGCACGACAUUGAGGUCAAGAAGUACUGCAUCACCUUGCUGGAAAAGCUGGGCAGCUUUCAGUAUACACGCAAGGUUCUGGAGACGCUCGACGCGGAGGCGCGUGCGGAGGUGGCUCGUCUGGGUAGCAAUCCGUACAUGGACCGCCUCCUCAACAAGCUGCUGUCGUGGAAGACGAGCGAUAGCGCCAGCAUCACGCAGUCGAACCAGAUCAAUCACAACAACGUCUCACGCAGCAGCCCCAACCAGAACACGCUCAAUUGCAAUUAGCAGCCAAAGAGGCAAAAGAGGGAGCAGUCGUGAAUUGCGAACGGCAGUGCCUCUUUUGCCGCCAAUCCGAGACAGCAGCAGGCCAGCAGCCAGCCGACGCCUGCGUGCCUCAGUGCGCCCCUGUUGCGUUUCCUGCACAAGCUGAAACUGAAGUUGAAGAUAUUCUGAGAUUUAUGUUACCCUUUGCCAACCGAAAAGCCCACAGAGAACCCUUUACUUUCAACCGAAACUAGAGCGAUGAGAACGGAAAUAGGUGGAUAGGAUUUGGAUUGGAAUGAGAAAACGAUGGGGAUGGAUAACAAAACCAACAGCAGCCUUACAGAAAAUUGUUAAGCCAAAAGUAAAUUGAUAUAAGCCAAGCUUAUCGGUGAGCUAGCAAAGAGCCAUAGCACAGCUUUCCAAGAAUUUGUUUAUUUUUUUACUUAUUACGUUUAAUUUUAAUUUAGUUUUGCUUUAAAGUUACGUAGUUAGUUGCGGGCCUACGAUGGCAGUCGGCGGCUCGAUUAGUUUCCCAGUUUUAGUUUUGCCCACCAAAUGGAGUCACGCAAAUCUCGCAGAGCAUUACUGAAUUAUAGGAUAUGCCAUAUGCAAUUUUUUAGCUCUUGUAUUUCUAAGUGUGUUUCGUAUUCGUAACUCGAUUCUGCAAGCAAUUUUCGAUUUCUAAGUGUCAUUUUAUUAAAUCUAACUCACUCGGAACUCAAUGUGCACUUCCUUUAUCGACGUUGUUCCAUUUUAAUUGUUAUACAAAUGCAAUUCGUAUACAUAUAUUAAUAUAACAUUAACGACAAAUUGUUCAUGCAAAAUCAACACAAAUGAAAGCAACUAUAUAUUGAAAUAAUGAUAUUGAUGCACUGCACAGCAGGUUUUUGCACAUUGCACCACCUAAAAAAUAUAUACAUAUAUUAUAUAUAAAUAUAUAUAUUUUUAUUGUAGUUAUACACUUGAAAAAAACCGAAAAAAAGAAACAAAAAUAACGGCAAGAGAAACCGGAAAAAUAACAAGAGAAGUAACCAGAUUGCUGAAGAGGAAAUUGAAAACUAUGCGAACAUUUUACGGUAGGAACGACAACUAAUAACCGAGAAUUUACAGUGCACGCCCAGAUGCAGCUAAACGCAAACGCACCUAACAUUUUGCCCAUAUACUACUAAUGAAAACAUUGAAAUAUAUGUAUAUGUAUUUAAAUAAAUAUUUAUGCCAAGUUGUCAACUAA